AUGUAUGGAUAAACAGGGAGUGGUAAAACAUAUACUAUGAUGGGUUAUGAUUAAGAGGAGGGGAUUCUGAAAUAAGGAUUAAAAGACUUAUUUACCGAAAUUGCUAAACAUUCUGAUAGAUAGUAUUUUUUAAGAUGUAGUUAUGUUGAAAUCUAUACCGAUUAAGUUUAUGAUUUAUUAGCAACAUAAGAAAGAUUAAGUGAAACUCUAUUAAUCAAUGAAGAUUUUAAUAAAGAGUUUGUUAUCAAAGGAGCUGUUGAAGAAGUAGUUACAAAUAUUAAAGAAAUUAUGGAUAUACUAUAAUUUGGAGAAAGUAAUCGUCAUUAUGCUUCAACUAUUAUGAAUCAUUGUAGUAGUAGAUCCCAUACAAUUUUUAGACUUUAUGUAAGAUGUGUUCCCAAUACUAUUGGGCCUAAUUCUGUAAUUACAGAGUCAAUUUUAAAUUUUGUUGAUUUGGCUGGAUCAGAAAAAAUCAAUAUCCAUGAUUCAAUGCUUAAAAAGAGGGGAACAUCUGCUGGUGGAAGUGGAGGAACUUAAUUUAAAGAUAGAUAAAAUGAAUCUAAACAUAUUAAUAAAAGCUUAUUCUUUUUGACUUAAGUAAUUUCAUUAAGAGCAUAAGAGAAAAAGUAAUAAUAUCAUUUUUAAUAUCAUUUAGCGAUUAACAUAUUCCAUACAGAAAUUCACCUUUAACUAAAAUUUUAAGAUCUUCUCUUGGUGGUAAUUCUAGAACUGCCAUCAUUCUUUGUGUUAAUCCAUGUUAUAGUUAAUUUGAAUAGACUUUAUCAACUUUGAGAUUUGGUACUAAUGCUAAAAAGAUAGAAAACAAUGUAUCAAAAAAUAUUGUUGGAUUUGACAAUGAUGAGAGUCUCAAUAGAGUAAUUAGGGAUUACGAAAUUAAAAUUAAUGAAUUAUAAAAAGCAAGAGUUGAUGAUAAAUAAUAAUAGGAGAUGAUGUUAAAGAUAAUUUAAAAAUUAGAAGAAUAAAGAAAAAUAUUUAGAUAAUAAUUCACAACCUCUGAUCAUAUUCAAGCUAUGAUUAAUACGGAUCUCUCUUAUUAAUGGAAUCAUUUACAUUAUCAUGGAGUUGGUGUUUUAUGGGUUCCUGAAAAGGGAACUAGAGAUGUUUAAGUUAAAUAAGAUGUAAUAGACUCUUUUGGAACAAUUAAAAAAUAUUAAUAAUUAUAAGAAGAAUUUAUUAUUUUAAAAUCAGAAAAAUAGACUUUGGAAAAUCAAGUCAAGGAUUUAAAAUAAAAAUAAUAAGACACAGUAAUUUAAACAAAAAAGCGAUAUGCUGGUUAAAAGUCAAAAACAAGAAAGUAUAAAUAGUUAAGUAAGGAUUUAUAAGAAGAAAAAAAUAAAUUACAGAAGAUAGCACUUUGUUAUCAUAAUAUGAUUGAAAUGGAUGAGAUGAUAUUGUUAAAUAAUGAUACUUUAGAUUAAAUGUGUGAGAAUGUAUAAGUGUUGAUGUAAAAUAUUUACAAAGUGAAAUUAAAGAAAGAGAUUAAAUAAAAGGGUGAGAAUAGUGAGAGUUUGAAAUUAAUAAGUUCAAAGCCAAUAAAAUAUCCAAAAUAUUUAUUUGAUACAUCAGCCAUAAAUGUUUAAUUUUGGGAUGUUGUUGAUACUAAGAAAGUUGAAGAAUAAUAAAAUAAAAGUGAGAUAGAGUCUUUCUAAAGUUAUUUUUAAUCUCAAUUGAAUAUGAGUAGUAGUCCAAUUUAUGUUGAUUUUUAGGGAACAAGUUAAUAAUUAAAAGAACCAUUAAAACAUAUCUGUUCUCAUGAGAAGAGUAAUUAAAUAAAAGGAGGUAAAGAGAAUUACGAACCAAUUUUGAAACGAAAUUCUAGUAUGGAAGUAUCUGAUGAAUUAAAUUUUCGUAGUUAUUUUAAAUGA